UUUUCCUAUGUGACUAUGUGGUGGAACAAUUUGGAACUAGCAAAAAAUUUGAGGUUUAGUAGAGACAGAGUAAUGGAGUGCUUCUUUUGGACCGUUGGAAUGGCCGUUGGAAUGGCCUUUGAGCCACAAUUUAGCAGAUGUCGUAAAGGAUUAACAAAAGUGACUUCAUUCAUUACCACCAUUGAUGAUGUGUAUGAUAUUUACGGCACUUUGGAUGAAUUGCAGCUAUUUACAGAAGCUAUUGAGAGAUGGGAUGUCAAUGCUGUGAAAGAUCUUCCAUAUUAUAUGAAGUUAAGUUUCCUUGCUCUAUAUAAUACUGUCAAUGAGAUGGCUUACGAUACUCUCAAGGACAAUGGAGAAAUUAUUAUUCCUCACCUGGCCAAAGCAUGGGGUGAUUUAUGCAAAGCAUUUUUGCAAGAAGCAAAGUGGGCCCACAACAAAUCUACACCGUCAUUUGAAGAAUAUAUUGAAAAUGGAUGGCGAUCUGUAUCAGGAACUGUUAUACUUAUACUUGCUUUCAUUCCCUACUCAAUUACGAUCAACUCUUGAAAUGGCCAUCCCUUA